UGUUAUGGGUUUAAAUAUGCAACAAGAGCAACAAAGAUAAAACUGGGGCGUAUGGUACCAAAGGCUGAGACCCGUUAAAACUGAGAUGGAAGAAACACAGACUUAUGUGACCUCCUCCCCACGACUGUUCACUUGGAAAGACGUUGGGCUCCACAUGGGCAAGGGACAUCCUCAACAAGAGCGGUGGCUAGUGAUCAACAGGAAGGUCUAUGACAUCAGCCAAUUCCAUCGGCAGCACCCAGGGGGUUCCCGAGUCAUUAGCCACUACGCGGGGCAGGAUGCUACGGAUGCCUUUGUAGCUUUCCAUCUUGACAAGGCACUGGUGAGAAAGUACAUGACGCCAUUGUUGAUUGGGGAGCUGGCACCGGAUCAACCCAGAAUUGAGCCCCACAAAAACAAAUUGCUGGUACAAGAUUUCCAAGAGCUACGUGCCACCAUCGAGAGGAUGGGACUUCUGAAAGCCAGUGGCCUUUUCUUCUUCCUGUAUUUUCUGCACAUUCUGCUACUUGAAGCUGUCAGCUGGAUCAUCCUUUGGUACUUUGGAGUGUCCCCAGUGCCUUUCUUCAUCUCAGCAGUGCUGAUAGCAACUGCCAUGGUCCAAAAUGGUUUUCUGCAGCAUGAUUUGGGGCAUCUCUCAGUUUUCAGCAAGCCUAAAUGGAACCAUUUGGGUAGCCACUUUGUGAUGGGCUUUCUGCAGGGGGGAUCAGCCAGCUGGUGGAAACAUCUGCACAACCAGCAUCACGCUAAGCCAAACUGCUUCCACAAGGACCCUGAUCUCAAUAUGCAUCCCCUCUUGUUUGCCUUGGGAAAGAAGCUCUCUGUGGAGCUUGGGAGGAAGAAGAAAAAAUACAUGCCUUAUAACCACCAGCACAAGUACUACUUCAUCACAAUGCCUCCAUUCCUGAUUCCUGUCUAUGUCGCAUUCCAUACUGUGUUCAAGGCAAUCCAGAGAAAACAGUGCGUGGACCUCGCCUUUUCGCUGAGCUUUGUCAUCCGAUUCAUUCUCAUGUACAAGCCCUUACUGGGGGUGAUGGGUCUCCUUAUGUUUCAUGAGCUGGUCAGAGUCCUGCAGAGUACCUGGUUUACUUGGGUCUCACAAAUGAACCACAUCCCCAUGAACAUUGAUUACGAUAAGAACAUGGACUGGUUCACUACCCAGCUCCAGGGAACAUGCAAUGUGCAUCCAUCCCCAUUCAAUGACUGGUUCACUGGACACCUGAACUUCCAAAUUGAGCAUCACCUUUUCCCUACAAUGCCUAGACACAAUUACUGGAAGGUGGCUCCCUUGGUGAAGUCCCUAUGUACUAAACAUGGCAUCGAGUACCAGUGCAAGUCCCUGAUCACUGCCUUUGCAGACAUUGUGCGCUCUCUGAAGGAGUCAGGGGAGCUGUGGCUAGAUGCCUACCUGCAUAAAUAACAGUAGUAUCAUGUAAGGGAACUUCAUAUAAAGGAGCUGCUAGAAACAAAAGGAAUCCAGUCCUGUUAGCUACCACCACAGUACAAACCAAAUGUCUUGACUAGUGGAACAGGUUUGCUGAAGAAGUUUGGUCCCAGGAAUACAAGUUGUCUUUUUUUAAGUAUAUUUUCCUUCCCAUGCUUGUACCUUUUAUUUUCUUUCCAGCUCAGCAAUCAGGGCUGUCUUCUUCUUCUCCAUUUGUACAGCACCUGGUACAAAGGCAUACUGCUGUCUGAAUGGGAUUCUGGGGAUGCUGUAGGAAUCAAGAUAAUACUAAUGGGCAAAAAGACACCAUUGUGUGUCUUUGUACACAUUUGUGCAGCAGUAAAGUAGACGUCAGAUGUCUACUGACGUCUACUAUGGAGAAGGGGUUUGGGGCCUGGACAGG